GACGCUUCCUGCCUGCAGUGUCCUUCCCCGGGCUGGGGUUACAUACACUGCUCUCUUACAGUGCGUGUCACGCCCCCCUCACCAGUCCUCGCUGAGCAGACAUGGGCCACGACCCCCACAGCAGCUCCUCUGAGCCAGACCUCUACAGAGACACGUGGGUGCGAUACCUAGGCUAUGCUAAUGAGGUGGGUGAGUCAUUCCGUGCAUUGGUCCCCAAAUCCCUCGUUUGGGCUACUUAUGGAGUUGCCACUGCCUAUGUGAGUGCAGAUGCAGUAGAUAAAGGGAAAAAAGCAUCAAAGGCGCAUUCAGACGAUCCUGACAAAACUGCUCGUGUCACAGUGGCUGUUGUAGAUACAUUUGUUUGGCAAGCUCUGGCAUCGGUGGCUAUCCCAGGAUUUACCAUUAAUCGUAUAUGUGCUGCUUCACUGUAUCUUAUGGGACGGGUCACUCGCUGGCCUCUACCAAUACGCAAGUGGACUACUACUGCAAUAGGACUGUCUGCCAUUCCAUUUAUUAUAACACCAAUAGACAGGUCUGUGGACUAUCUGCUCGAUUCUAGCCUCCGGAAGCUUUACAGCACACACUCCAGUACCCCGGAGAAUUCUCGGUCUACAUGAUUCAGCGUAGUGUUGUAAACACUAAAGCAUCUACGUUUACAGCCCAACUUUUUUUCUUCUGGGCCCUAGUAUCCGAGAUGAAGAGUGAAAAUGUUUUAGAGCCCAGUGAACUUGCACCUCGCACGAUCCACAAACUUCAGUCUUGUAUGAUUUAAAGCUGUGGCUCUUUGAACCACAAGCAAAUGCAACCUUCUGUAUCUUCUCCUGUAAUCCUGAUUACCUACUGAGUAAUCCUUUUUAAAAUGCAAACCAAGAGUCUGGUA